AUGGCUCUUGGAGAUUUUAAUGAAAUAUUGGGUAAUCACGAAAAAUCUGGAGGAAGAAUACGACCUGAAGCUUCUUUUUCUGAUUUCAGAGCAAUGAUGAGGAAUUGUGCUUUUACUGAUCUUCCUACAGUUGGAAAUCGUUUUUCUUGGGCUGGGAGAAGGGGUGAUGAUGUGGUUCAAUGUUGUCUGAAUAGAGUCAUGGCUAAUCCUACUUGGUUGUCGGAAUUUCCAGCAUCAGAGACAGUAUUUUUGGAGCUGGGAGAAUCUGAUCAUCGACCACUACUUACAUAUCUUUCUGCUGAAAGAGAAAGACCAAGAAGACAGUUUUGUUAUGAUAGUAGACUGGUAGACAAGGAAGGAUUUGGCUCAACAGUACACAGGGGAUGGAAGGGAACUGGUCAAUCAAGCUUUGUUCAGAUUCCUCUUAUGCAGAGAAUCAGUAGAUGUCGACAGCAAAUAGUUACUUGGAAAAGAAGUAACAGAACAAAUGCAGAGGAAAGAAUUAAAAUUCUUCGUGGGAAGCUAGAUACUGCUAUGAGUGGGAACAAUGUUUCACGAGCAAGGAGAACACGAUGUACUCUUUCUUCUAUCCAAGAUGAUAAUGGGGUGAUUCACAGAGGACAUAAGAAUAUAGCACAGGUAGCUACCAAUUAUUUUAACAAUCUCUAUGCUUCACAGAGUGAUGUCAGUACGUUAUUCCCUCAUGUUUUUCAAGAUUUCACUGAAAGAGUCAGUGAUACGAUGAAUGAGGAUCUUAUCAGAGAUAUCACAGAAGAGGAAGUGAGAACAGCUAUCUUUGAAAUUAGUCCUCAUAAAGCUCCAGGACCAGAUGGUUUUCCUGCUGUUUUCUAUCAUCAACACUGGGAUUUGGUCAAAGAUGAUAUCAUGAGAGAGAUAAGGAAAUUUUUCAAUGAUGAUGGUUUUGAUGAAGCUCUAAAUCGAACUAAUAUUUGCUUAAUACCCAAGGUGUACCCGCCGACUGGUAUGUCUGAGUUCAGACCCAUUGCUUUAUGCAGUGUUGUGUAUAAGAUUAUUUCUAAGAUUCUUAUCAAUAGACUCAAGAGCUAUCUUAGUGGUAUUAUUACAGAAAAUCAGACAGCCUUCAUUCCAGGAAGAAUGAUAUCUGAUAAUAUAAUAAGGGCUCACGAGAUUCUUCACAGUCUGAAGGUACGUAAACGACAAGCUACAUCAUAUAUGGCUGUUAAGACAGACAUAACAAAGGCUUAUGAUCGUCUAGAAUGGUGUUUUUUGGAGGAAACAAUGAAAAGAAUGGGUUUUCAUUCACGAUGGAUCAAGUGGAUCAUGUCUUGUGUGUCUUCUGUGAAUUAUGCAGUGCUCAUUAAUGGAGUUCCUGAAGGUCAUAUAAUACCACAGAGGGGAUUAAGACAGGGAGAUCCCCUCUCUCCGUAUCUAUUCAUAAUUUGUGCUGAAGUCUUAUCACAUCUUAUGAACAGAGCUAUGAAUGAUCGUUCUCUGCUAGGAGUGAAAAUAGCUUUGCGUGCACCGGCUGUGAAUCAUCUUCUAUUUGCAGAUGACUCUUUCUUCUUCUCAUUGGCUAAUCCUAAGGCGGGUAGGAAGUUAAAACAUAUACUAUCUCUCUAUGAAUCAGUAUAUGGUCAGUCUGUUAAUCUAGCAAAAUCUUCUAUUACUUUUGGAAGUAAGGUCUCAGAUGAUGUUAAGAGAAGAAUGCGCAGCUUGUUAGGCAUACAAAAUGAAGGAGGAAAUGGCAAAUAUCUGGGAUUGCCCGAGCAGUUUGGGAGAAAGAAAAGUGAUAUAUUCAGAUAUAUUAUUGACAAGGUUAAAGCUGCAACUCAAGGAUGGAAUAAGAAGUUCUUAUCGCAUGGUGGUAAGGAGGUUUUACUUAAAGCUGUGGCUUUGGCAAUGCCUAUUUACUCCAUGAAUGUAUUUAGAUUGCCGAAGAAUACCUGUGAGGAAAUUAACAGUAUUUUAGCUCAUUUCUGGUGGAGUUCUGGGGAUAAGAAGGGUAUGCAUUGGUACAGUUGGGAUCGACUCAGUGUACCAAAGAAAGAAGGAGGUUUAGGCUUCAGAGAUCUUGAGAAGUUUAAUCAAGCAUUAUUGGGGAAACAUGUAUGGAGAAUAUUACAACAACCGCAGAGUCUUCUAUCUCGCCUACUGCAAGCUCGUUACUUUCCAGAUGGAUCUAUACUGAAUGCAUCUUUAAAGAAAAAGGCUUCUUAUGCGUGGAAAUCUCUAUUAUUCGGAAGAGAUCUACUGAAGAAAGGUCUGAGGUUUAUUAUUGGUAAUGGGUCCUCUGUUAGUAUGUGGGCAGAUCCUUGGCUACCUACACACCCACCGAGAGCACCAAGAGCUAUUGCAAAUGCAGAAGCUCUAGAAAGUGUACGAAACUAUAUACAAGCAGAUGGUACAGGAUGGAAUCUAGAUAAACUUCGAGGAAAGGUUGUUGAUGAAGAUGUUGAGAUAAUAUUGCGGUUGAAAAUCAGUUCUAGAGCAGAGUUGGAUUUGUUGGGAUGGCAUUAUACUGAUGAUGGAAUUUACACAGUAAAAUCGGGUUACUGGCUCAAUACUCACCUACCAAAUAAUACACCUAUUUCUCCAACUUGGGGUGAUCCACUGCUAAAACAAAAGAUCUGGAAAUGCAGUUCUCCUCCUAAGGUUAAUCAUUUCCUUUGGAAAACUCUCUCUAGAUCACUUGCAGUUGGUAGUAAUUUAAAACGAAGGCACAUUACUCGUUUUGAUCAGUGCAUAAGAUGUUGCUUAGAUAUGGAAACAGAGAAGCAUAUGCUUUUUGACUGUCCUUAUGCUCAAAGGAUAUGGCGUGCGUCAGGUGUAGCUAAUGAUACAAUUUUGGAUCCUACUGCCUCAUUGGAAGCUAAAAUAGAAGUUUGUAUUCAAGCAAAUACAACAGCAUCUUUGGCUACUAUCAAGGACCUUCCUAUUAGUAUCUUAUGGAGAAUUUGGAAAAGCAGAAAUUUAUUGAUGUAUCAACAGAAGAAUCUUCAAUGGUGGGUUAUUCUAAAACAGGCUAGAACUGAUGUUAUGGAAUGGUCAACAGUCAAUUGCAAACAACAAGCAACAGUUUCAAGGACUUCUGAACUCAAUACGGGCCAUGUAAACUGGAGAAGACCUGAAGAAGGAUGGAGCAAAUGCAACUUUGAUGGAUCUUUUAUCAACCCAGAAUUACCGGCAAAAGGGGGAUGGAUACUGAGAGAUUCUAAUGGCGUGUUUAUUACUGCAGGUCAUGGAAAAGGCCAGAGAGUUGAAUUUGCGUUGGCUGCAGAACUUCAGGCCUACCUUAUGGCUCUACAAUUCUGUUGGUCACUUGGUUUCACAAAGAUAAUAUUUGAAGGAGAUAACAAGAAGCUGGUUGAUAUUAUUACUUCAAAGACUUUGCAGUUUGGCCUGUAUAAUUGGAAUGACUUCCUUAUUGCACAACGUAGUGGGCUCGAUGGAUCAGGUAAAUCCUUUGAUUCAGAUGUUGAUACAAACGCUGAGGAAUAUCACGUGGUUCAUGAUAAGUAG